AUGUCAGCCCAACUUCCCACCCUUGAUCUAUCACAGUACACUUCGGGCACUGAUAUCCAGCGGCAGGCGUUUUGUCUUGAGCUCGUUGAUGGACUACGACAGUUUGGUUUUGUGCGAUGUGUCAACUACGGCAUCAGUCCCACUGCAGUAAACCGGCUGUUCGACGUUAGUAAGAAAUUCUUCGACCUGUCCCAUAAUGAGAAGAUGACGGCCGCUCAUCCUGCGAGGCCCAACCCACACCGUGGAUACAGCUUCGUUGGGCAGGAGAUCACGUCAACUUUAAGUCGGCCUCGGCCGGGUGAGACUUCAGCGCCUCGCAAGAUUGACAUUAAGGAGAGUUUCGACCAAGGGUCGCCGCACGACCGCCUGUUCCCGAAUAUCUACCCGCAAGUAGCAUCUCAGCCAGAGUUCCAGCCCACGUUGGACAGCUUCUUCGAAGCCUGCUAUCAGACACACAUGCGCAUCCUAGACGCGCUAGCCAUGGGCCUUGGACUGCCACUGGAUCGUUUCUCAGCCUUGCAUCAGCAGCAAGACAGUAGCGAGCUCCGGUUACUUCACUACCCAGCCGUAUUGGCGGCGGAUAUCCAAGAGCAAGGCUUUAAGACGCGCAUCUCAGAGCAUACAGACGCAGGGAGCAUCACCCUCCUUUUCCAAGAUGACUGUGGCGGCCUAGAAAUUGAAGACCAGCGGCCUGGACACGACGGUUUCAUCGCUGUCUCCAGCCAUCUUCCGACUGUUCUGAUCAAUGUUGGUGACUCCCUGCAGCACUGGACCAACGACAAUAUCCGUGCCGUGUGGCAUCGGGUCACCCUGCCAAAGGACUUCGCCAAGGAUGAUUCCUCCAGCAUCCUUCCCGCCAGGUACUCGGUAGCCUACUUUGGCAAGCCAGAUAGAGAUGCCUCGGUGGGCUGUUUUGAAGAGUUUGUAUCGGCUGAUUGUCCCGCCCGGUACAAAGAUGUGUCGGCGUUGGAGUGGAAUCAACGAACCCUUCUCAAGACAUAUUGA